AAAGGUGAAUUCGGAGAAAAUGUUUUAGAGAAGAAAAUUUUUCUGUCACUCAAGUCUCUCAUGUCAAGUUUCGAACCUCUAUUGAAUGAGAGGCAAACACCAUGGCGAUACAUCUACUCUAUGAGAGCCCACUCCCAAAGUAAUAUUAUGAAUAUAGGCAAUUUCCCCAAGUAAUGAUUAUUAUAUGUUAUCCUUGGCCUGGUGUUAAACUAAUUUAAACAAAAAUUUUGAAUUAAAUAAAAUUCCAGUUUCUUUAAUGUGGUCAGUUUCAUGUACUCAAGAAAUAAUAAGGCAGAUUUAUAUGGACCUGUCUCAUUUUCAGAUAUUUUGCUGUUUGUACCCAAAUUGUAACUUAAUUAAAUACUUCAUGUGUGGAUCCCCCCCUGACCUAAAAAAAAUCUGGGGGAUUCUAGUGAGAGCUGCCCUUUUGUUGCUAAUUAAAUUUACCCUUGACACCCUAGCGACCCCAACCUUCUUCAGUUGCAAAUAUCUUGACUUCUAUUCAACAUCAUAGAUGGGUAUUUAUUUUUUCAUCAAAAACAAAACAUAUACCCAAACAAGCUUUAAAUUGACACCAACAACUCCAUAUAUAUGUGUUAUUUUGGUUCCCUUUUAUUCUCUCUUUAUGACUUCAGUGAUUCUCCGCUGAGCUAGCUGUUCUGAGCUGUGGUUUUAAGCGACUGACCAGAACAAUGGAGAGUGUAGAAAAUGGGGGUGGAGAUGUGCAGGUGCUGCCGGACACACAAGUGGCACCAAGAGAAGAUUCUAAAAGUGUGACAUCAGUCAAUAGCCUGGACGAAGGAGGCCCUUGGGGGCUCGUCAUUAUUAUCUCAGCCUUCAUGAUUCAGGUGUUUGCAUUUGGUACAGGCUGCUCCAUUGGAGUUUACAAUGUGGAGUUCCUGAACUACUUCAACAAUGAUGUCACAGGGGUCUCCCUCAUGACUUCCAUCAACAUCGCUUUCUUCAUGGGCGGAGGACUGCUGGCCAACUGGUUGGCAUCCAAGUAUUCUCACCGGGCAGUGGCUCUGCUUGGUGCUGCCUUGAUGGCUGUGGGCCUCUUUGUUAUGCCCUGGCUGCAGAGUCUUCGAGCCAUGAUUCCGUUUUAUGGGGUUUUUGUUGGUCUUGGCGGCUGCUUCGCCUACGCUCCGUCUCACACUUUGAGUGGUCUGUACUACAACAAAUAUCGCAGCCUGGCAACAGGGCUGGCCACCAGUGGUUCUGGCUUAGGUACCGCAGUCUUUCCUCCUCUCAUCAGUUUUCUGAUUGAAGAAUACUCCUGGAAAGGUUCCUUGAUCUUCUUAGCGGGUCUCAACUUGCACAUCUUUAUAUUUGCCAUGUUGUUGCGACCACCACCCCCACAACCACCAGUGGAAGACAGCGCAUCCACAGAGCAGGACAACACCCCACAGAAACUUACGAAAGCUCAAAGAAUAAAACAAGAGUAUUGCCUGUGUUGUGACUUAGGCUUCAACGUCUAUUUUGUCAGCAAUGUGCUGUGGAACGCGGGUGCUGCCAUCUACAUCGCUUUCGGCCCCGAGUUCUUCCGAUCGGUGGGACACUCCAAGAUGGAGGCCUCUCUCAUGCUCACACUCUUCGGGCUGGGGGAGUUUGUGGGAGGGAUUGUAGGAGGCAUUGUGGGUAAUAUCCCCAGUCUGAACCGCCUGGCCAUCUACGUGGGCGCCUGCUCUGUGGGUGGGGCAAUGGUCUUCCUGUUUCCCGUCUCCCACUCUCUGGCUCUGACGGGCGUGCUCAGCUUUUUCUUCGGAAUUUGCUUCGGCAUCUUGCUGGGUUUGCUUAUCAUUGUGAUGACAGACCUCAUCGGCACGGACAAGAUCGGAAUUGGCCUCGGGUUCAUUCUCCUCGCCGAUGGAAUCGGAGCGUUUAUGGGGCCUCCAAUAGCAGGUGUGUUCCAGGAUACAUUUGGCACAUAUGAGCAAGCCCUUUAUUUCUCCGGCAUAGUGACCCUGACGGCUGGGGUGAUCAUCGCACUUAUACCCUUGCAUCAGCGGAUGUGCAAUGAGGAUGAGGUGAAGGCGGGAGCAACUGAUACUCCUCCUCCUUCCACACCCAGUCUGAAGAAGUACGUGGAAAGGAAGCGACUCUCAGAUGUUGCUGUGGAGAGGGGUCGAAGGUCUCUGUCCGUGAAGUCGUCGGGAGCGAGUUUGAAAAGCAUGGAGGGGGAUACGAGUCCGUCUCGCAACAGGAAGUAUGUUGUGGCGAGAAUGAACAGCGGGAAUGAUGAGAAUAGCAUGCCUCAGUCAGAUCAGCAACCUGUUAAGUUUUACUGUAACAACGUCGUUGAGCUACAGGAAGUUGACCUUCAUCCUGCGGAGAGUGGGCCCGUGCCAGUGACAAAGCCACAUGAUGUAGGACCUGUUGCUGACACGACAGUGCAGGGUUCUGGGGGGAUGUAUCAAGCCGUGCCCACAGAGGGCAGCGGUAGUCCCGAACACAAGGCUUCUUGGGAUGAAAAGAAAGACAGCGAUGUAGUGUUUCAUGAUAAUGACCUAAUUAUGUCCAAAGAGAGUGGGAAAAUUUCAGUGCGAUUUUGAACAGUGGUACAGUAGUCUCCGUCUAAACGCACACCAUUCAAUUAAGACACACUCUGCUCCAAUGCAUGCUUUCACCAUUGGACAGGAUUUUUAAACUAUAAUUCAGACGUGCAAAUGGUCGCUUUUAUGCACAAGGGGGCUAUCCCGAGAAAUGCUGUUUUGAGAAAAUCAAAGGUAAAGUUUUUGCC